UGGAGAAGUAAGUGUAGCAUUGUAAGGUUGUCUGUGGGUUUGCGGUAGAGUGUGGUGCUGAGGUGUCCAUCCUUAAUUCCCCAUUCAGAACUUUUAUUUCCAAACCCUGUUUGUCCUUCGCCAUGAUGACUUUAAAUUUUGCUGAAUUAUGCCAUUAGCACGGAAAUGAUCCCCCACCACCAAAUGCCUCGCUAAGUUUUCCGUAAAACUAGGUCUAGCACGCCCCAUGUAUUAUAAGUCAUUCUACGUGCUAGUGACAAUAUGUUGUGGAGGUGCUGUAUGAAUAAAAUCUACUGUUGUUGACUGUAAGCGGUGGCAGCACAUUGCGCUGAGUCUCUAGUUCUAUUAUACUUGUCACUUUCCACCAGUACCAGGAAAUCACGCGAUACAAACUCUACAGCUGACCGCUCCCACAUCCCAAUAUUGGAAAAUCUAGAGCCUGCCUGGAGAUUCUAUUGUUCCCUGCAAAGGAGGAUCCUAAAUCAGAUACUGAGAUGCCUGUGCAUAUUGAUGAUCUGAUGCACUUAGUGUGCCAUAUUUCAGAGGUGGAGAAGCUGCAAGUUGCAGUGAAAAAUUCUGGAAAAGGGGCACUUUUGGCAGGUGCAAUAGCAUUUGCAGGAGGCUUGGUCGGUGGUCCUCCAGGAAUAGCAGUUGGUGGUGUAGUUGGUGGAUUGCUGGGUGCCUGGAUGACGAGUGGACAGUUUAAACCAUUACCGCAGAUUAUUAUGGAACUUCCACCAAAUCAACAGCUGAUAUUAUCUAAAGAUGUGCGUAACAUUGUCCAGCAUUUAGACUGGACUGAUGCAGUACAACUGAUAUCAUUGGUGAUGGGAAAUACUGCCCUGAAGCAGGAGGUGGUGUCAGCAAUAAGUGCAUUUUUUUUGAGGCAACUUAAUGCUGAGGUACGACACUUUGACUGAAACCUAUAUGAACAGCUUUUUCUAGAAAUUUAAAUGAAGUACCAUUUGCUGGAAUAUAAGAGCAUUCAUUUUGCCUAUGCAAGUUCAAAGAUCUUUGAAGAAUGGGCUUUGGAAAAUGCUGCAAUGACUUUAACCUGUAGGAUUCAUUAUGAAGAUUUAUACAUAGCUGACUUUGGAUUCAACGUUCUCAAAAUAUGUUUUAACUUUUCGAUAGCCAUGUCCUGUUGAUGAUGUUAGUAGUAUUUUGGAAUUAAGCCUGGUUUGUAAACAAAGAAUAAUUCUGUUUGGAUAUACAUAAGAUCUAAUUAUCCUUAAUUUUCCUAUUUUCAAAGUCUUGUUAAUACAGUUUCAGUUGUAUUGCAAAUUGGUGUGCAAUGAAUUAAAUUGGCAAUUCCAUCACAAAAUUGGUAUUUACAACAAAUAUAUAAUCAUUUAAAACAUAUUGGCUGGAUGCAUGUUGGAAUGCUGUAGGCUAAUAUGUAACAGACCCUGGGCUCUCUCUGAAGAUAGAAGAAUUGAAUUUGACUAUUCACCUGACUUGAGCUGAUGCAAGGAAAGAAAAUAUAGAUCUGAUCUGAAAUCCCAGUGAUCAAAUGUAAUUCAAGAAGAAUAUCAGAGCAACCAUUUCCUAAGUCUCAUGUGUAGCAAUAGCUUCUAAUGCCUUUUUGGAUCAAUCAUAAGGUAUAGAUCUCGCCUGCAGAAUUGCAAUUGGCUCUACAAAAUCCAUAAGGCCAUUGGAAUACCACCAUAUACCACAAGCUGACAAUCAACCAAUAACAACCAUGAAUAAAUUCUGUUCCUCCCAGAGUGCUAAGAAUGUUCUUGAAAUAAUAUAAUAUCCUGUCCUUAAAGAAAUAAUCCAGUAUAAAAAGGCAUAUAAUAUUUCAGAACACGUGCUUAUGGACUGUGAAGAACCCACAAAAGGGAUCGCCUAGUCCCAAAUUAGAUCAGGUAGAAAAUGGACAGCGGAUGAAUAAUAGUAACUGUAGAAGCAAACUACAUGUUAGCAGUGCACUCAGCGAGUGAUAGGAUACCUCCAAAUGUUUUACAAUGAACAAUAGACAUUGAAAAGCAAAAGAGAUAACUUCUCUGACAGGUGACAUCACCCUGCCUCAGUAAAGAACUGUGAAAAAAAGGCAGGAUAUUGGAGGAUGGAUUAGAUUUGAGGAAGGAGUGUCUCAAAACCAGCAAUCCCAGUAGAGAGGUAUGGUGGAUUUUGUGUUUUGCUUUAUUUUCGGGGUUAAGCAAUUCAGGUUAGGCAGUUUGCAGCGGGCAGGGUGAGUUCAACAGUCUCUUGGACAAUAGAAACUGUCAGGCACACAAAAAGCGAAUAAUUUGCAGGCUCAUUGUUGUGACAGUGGAGUACCUUUUCAAGCUGGAAAUUUCUCUCACUCCUAACAAUAAUUCAGAUUCAUGCAUAACAACUUAAAAACAAAAUGUUGGUUUUUUGGUCUUCAUUGUGUUUCAGAUAGCCUGUUUUGAAACAUUGUACCUGAAUCCAUUUGGUGUACACUAAGUUUAAAGAUCCUUAAUCAAAUCACCCCUUAGUUUCUAUUCUAACAUUUUUACCUUCAGCCAAUAUAGUAAUUAGGAUGGAGAUUGAGUUCUCCAAACAUUCUAAAAUGAUUGUGCUUUACUGGUCAAGUUGUUAAUGCAGAAAAGGACUAGGCUCAGCUGGUGCAAGAAAUGCACUGAAAAUAUAUUUCUGCACGUCUUUGUUAAUAUCUGCAAGAUCUCAAAACCUUUGAAAAUGGGGUCCACUGUAUCCUUACAAAAGUCACCUUUUGUUGAACAAUGUAAUUUGUGAUUUUCAAUUUUGUAGUUUGGUAUAAAUAUAAAACGCUAUGAAUGCUGGCAAUCUGCAAUAAAUUCAGAAAAUGUUUGAAAUCCCUGCUGUUCUGGCAGCAUCAGUGCCAAAUGAGUUCCAUUGAUUUUUGUCAGACUGAUCUUUUUCCACAGGUGCUGCUUGACCUGCUAAAUAUUUCUAGCAUUGUCUGUUUUUAUGUGUGGUUUAGUAAGACAAUUAAUGAAAUGAAUUGAGGUGAAUAUACUGUGGAGCAGACCAAGGUACAAAUAUAACUUAAAUGGCUGGACAACCUGUGGUAACAUUGUGUUCCCAUUCUAACUAAAUUAUAUGGCCACAAGUUUUACAGUUUGUAAAAAGAAACUUUCUUCUACAAAAUAUAAUGAAGCUUAAUUUCAUUAAGGUCUUUGCCAUUAUUGUGAGAUCCCAGAUUUCUCAUUUUAAUGCUGCUUUUAGAAUUUCAUUCUGAAUUCUAAAUCAGCAUUAAGCCAAUCUCAACAUAGACACUGGUGAAUGUUCCAUGAAAUUCCUCCUUAUCAGUCAUACUUACCUGGCUUUACUUUGAAAUGUUUAAGACAUUUAUUUUGUGGAAAAUUAAUCUCAGUCAAAAUAGAACUGAAGAGAGUCCAUAGUAAGAAAGGUGCACUAUGGCAAAAGGUGAAGGAAUGAAAAUGAGUUAAGUGAAUUUAUUUAAUGAAUGUCUCAGUGACUUAUUCUUAUGUAUUUUGAGAAUUGCCAGCAUCAGUCAAAGAGGCUGCAAUCUAUUCUACAAGAUGAUACAUUUUCUGAUGUUAACUUUAUUCAAAGGCAAUUUAUUUAAAGAUUAUAAGAUGAUAUUUUCCAUGAUUUCUUGAACUAAAGUUUUAGGAAUAAUUUAAUAAGUUAGGAUAAUCCUGUUUUUUCUUUCUUUUAUUGCCAUUUGCAGUUACUUGCAAAAUGUGAAAAACUCUUAAAAUAUCGUAACUGCUUGAAUUGCUAAACUGUAUCAAAAUGUCUGUUUUUGUCUAUAAUUUUAUGCUGUCUUCAUGAUAUGUUGUACAAUGUCUUUAACUCUCCUGGCACAGAAUUCUGGUCCCCAGCAUACAGAAGAGCAUCAGCCAUACACUACCCAUAAUGUUCCAUCCAUUAUAGACAGAAAUUCAGAAAUGCAUAGCUGGGUAGUAAACAUCAAUUACUGGGUGGCACCACAGAUUAAUUUACUGCGUUGAUAAUUGUCUUGGUUUGAAAGCAGCCCCUAUUGAUGGUUUGAAAAUCUCUUACAGUACAAAAAAAACCUAAAGAUGGUAAGCUUGGGAAGUUUCUGUCAGUUGAAUGUUUAGGAUGUGCAAAUUAUUGGUAGAGUGGGAAAUGAAUUGUCCCUAAGUUGAUAAGAUCGACCAGAGAUGGUGUAGUUAGCAUUUACUUCAAAGAGUGGAGGCAAAACUCUUUUUCUCAAGUGAAAAAAUAUGUCCUCAAGUCAUCUGGAGGACAAUUGUUUUUGGGUCCGAGGAGUUGUAAAGCUCUCAGCUGAAAACUAGAAGACACAGAAUAAGAAAGUGGUGGAAAUACUCAGCAGAUUUGGUAGUAUCUGUAGAGAGAGCAAUAGAGUUAGUGUUUCAGGUCAAGAACUUAGAAAUAGGGUGUUCUUCCAUACAGUAAUAGGCUGACCUCAAUUGUUACUAUUUGAUAACCAGAGUCACAACCAUUCUUUUUUAAAAGCUUUCCAAAUAUAGUUGAAAGGAAUGUGUAAAUCAUUUAGGAAUUCAUGUACAAGAUUGCAUUAAUCAUUUUUUGCAUGGUCCACGUUAAAUAGCACUUUACUUUUUAAGUAGGAGUUUGGACAAAAAGACACUUUGUAUAUCAAAAUAUUGAACAUAAUGAGGUAUUCCAUACCACUGGAUACAGUCAACCAGUCACAGGGAAUAGAAGGAUGUAUGUUACGUAUAAUUUAACUGGAAAAUUGUAGAUUUAACAAAAUAUUUUAAAACACAUAAAGGUGCUCUAUGAUUCAUUGAAUUAACUAUUAGUCAAAAGCUGUUUUGAAGCUUAACAAUGCACCAUAUCAUUUUCACAUGUCUGAUUGUAUCAUCAAUGACUACAAAUAGUAGAAGUUACGAAAAUGUUAAAAUGUGUACCAGAAACCUGCCAUCUUUCUAUUUCACCUGAAUUAAGUUGGAGGUUGCAAGGCCCAAGCAUGAUCUUCACACCCUGCCACCAGUUGAGACCAUUAAGUGGUCAAUUAGGGACCACACAAUGGCCUAUUCCCACCAGGACUGUGAUUAUCUCAGCUCCAAGUGUGGCGGGGGUGGGGGAGGGGGAACAAUUGAUCUGCCUAAUGUGCAGCUGAUUUGCGCAUGAUCAAAGGACUGGACAUAGGCCUAAGGAAAUGGUCACAAAGAGCCUGACACCCCUCAUUAAUCUCCCCAAAAUGCAUUUAUCUGAUACCUUGGUCCUUGCGAUUGUGGCUGUCUCUCCAGCAGUAUCCACAUUCCAGAGCUGCAGGCACUAGGUUUGCAGUGAAAAGUCAGGAUGGGCACCUUUUCAGCAAGUCAGCCAAUGAUUCUGGAAGACACUGGCCAUAAGAAAAGAAAAUUAAAUGGUAGAUGCCAUUGGAAUCGUCUUGAUUUCUUUCCCCACUUAUCUUGCCCCAUUUUAGAAGGAAAUAAUUUUGAUGGAAAGUCUCAUGAGAUUCAGUGAUGAUCAGAAUUCUUGUAACUUUAUAGAAAACAAAAGCUUCCUCAAGAUAGUCAAACUUUUUUGGUUCAUGGACAAUAUGGAAGUAAUUGUCUCUGAUUGGAAAGUUAGCUGUAAAAGUAGCAGUGAUUUUUAAAAUGUUUCAAAACAUUUGUGGUUACAAAAAUUAGCCAUUGAAUAAAAUAUGAAGAUGGUAGUCAUGUUAAUUUUUGAACCUAGUAUUUUGAUAGGAAAUCAUAUUUAAAUCUUUGUGAUGAUUGACUAAAAUGUUUAUAAUUUAUUGUGGUUUUUAAUUAUAUGAUGCAUGUUGUCUAUUCGGUUAAAAAAUGUAAUAAUGGAACAUUGUUAGAAAUUCCUGCAAUGUAUUGUGUAAAUAUUUAAUUUAAAGUUCCAUUUGAAGCCUUA